AUGUGGAGUCCCUCAAGAUCAUGUUUGGGUCCUCCAUUAUUUGUACUAUAUGUUAGUAAACCGUUUAGCAUUGUGGAAAAACACCUACCUGAUGCUCAUGUAUUUGCUGACGACUCACAGCUCUGUAUCUUUAAACCAGAUUCGACCUGUGAUCAACUUGCUUCAUUGAAGGGUUUUGCUGCGUCCUCCAUUUCUUUAACGACGAAAGAAAGAAGCAGUUUCGAAUCAUCUACAAAGGAUUCCAAGGAGCUCGAACUAGGUGUACAUGGAAGGUCAUUUAUAUAUAUAUAUAUACUAGAGGUGUGCAAAUCCGAUCCGAAACCGAUCCGAAUCCGAUCCGUUCGGAUUUCGGAACCAAAAUAUUCAUUUCGGAUCGGAUUGAUGAAGUUGUUUCGUAGUCGGAUCGGAUCGGACUUCGAUAUCCGAAAUAAAAUGAAUUAAUUAUCCACGUAUUAUCGCGAGAAUUAAUUAUCCACGCAUUAUCGCAAGAAUUAAUUAUCCAUGCAUUUAUCAAAGCAUUAUCGCGGUUGUCGCUGCAUUAUUCGUUUGAUACUUCAAUUGGACGUCACUUUGUCAGCUUCUUGACAUGUAUUUCUUGCUUUUAUAUUUAUUUGGUUAAAUAUUUCAACUUGAAUCAGAAAUUUAUUUUAUUAAAGAAUUCAAAACUCGGAUCGGAUUCGGAUUAGACAAUUUCGGAUCGGAUUUUAAACAUUAGGCAAUUGUCGGAUUAUAAACGUCCAAUCCGAUCCGAUGCACACCUCUAAUAUAUACUAAAAAGGAUUGGACCAAGAAUGGAUCAUUGUGGUACUCCGUGUGUGAUAGUCCGAGAUUCUGAUCUUUGGGAUGCUAAGCGCACAAACUGGCGACGAUCCGAGAGAUUCGAGGGACGUUUUGGAGAUUCCAAGUGA